AUGAAUUUGGGUUGGAUUGGUACAUCUGACACGACGACCGAAUCGGAGAAAGGCGUCAUUUUGCACGAAUUCGGCCAUACACUUGCCCUCAUGCACGAGCACCAGUCUCCUGUACGCGGUGGCACGGUCACGUUGAAGGAGUCUGGUACAUAUCCGUGUUCGAUCUCACAGAUUAUCGUACCCACCGACACCUCUUCAGCCGUCAUCGAAUUUUACACGAGGACUCAAGGUUGGACCGAGCAACAGGUCUGCGAACAAUUUUGGACGUGUACAACGCUCGUGAUGUCAGCAACUUCUCCACACUCGAUCUCAAGUCCAUUAUGA